AUGACCGACCUCCCCUACGACUACACAAGUUGGCAAUUCCUCGAUGCAAUCGGACAAGCAUCGCCUCUGCAACAGGAACUGCAGCCGGAGGAGGCCAUGAGUCUUGGUUUUGAGUUCCCUUCUCAUGGUCGCGGCGAGAGCGACUUUGCGUUGCUGAGCUCGGAUAAUUGUCUGCCGUACGGACAAACUUCGGCAAAGGCAGCACCAGCAACAGGGUUUAUGCAGACGCAUACACCGCCAAUUGACACGGGGAUGGGAAUCGACAUGGAUAUGGAUACGGAGAUGUUUGCACAGGGCAUGGAGUUCAUUUCAGUACCUCCCUUCCCCGAUCUCACCCUCGGCCACGGGAAAAAGGCUCCCGACAGUCUCUCCCUCCUCCGCUCCACAUCCCAAGAUGCAGCCGAACGAGCGCUGUUUAUGACUCCAUCCGGCCUCACCUCCCCUUCAUCCUCGACAUUUUCAUCAACAUCGUCCUCGUCAAACCGGAACUCUUCCUCUCCAUCACUAGACCCAUGCAGCCCCAGCACAACAAGCACAACAAGCAAGGAAAGCGACGAAGACUGGGACUGGGACUGCGACCGCGAGCUGGAUCCCUCGCUCGGCAUGCAUUUCUACAAAUUGCCCGAUAGGCUCGACUCCUUCCAAUCAGUCCCCCGCCCGCCCCGCCACGUGCAUCAUCCUCCUCAUCACCAUUUUUCUCAUUCUCACCGGGUAAAUAAUACUCACCAGGAGGAAGACGAGGCAGACGCGCUAACGCCCCUCGAAAUGCCCGACGGCAGUACCCGCUUCACGGCGAAUUGGCUACCUGUUGAUCCCACGGGUGGAUUCACUAUUAAUUCACCUUCUGCGUCUGCGAUGGAAUUCGGGUAUGCGUAUGGUCACGGCCAGCAAGACCCCGGAUAUGGCCACGGCUACGCAAAUGGAGACCCCAUCUCGAUGGAAUUCAGCAAGGAGGCGUUUAUCCAGAUGCCGGCGCCUGCGUGA